AUGGCUGCUGCUUUUGGUUUGAUGGUUGCUUCUUCUGGUUCCAUGGCUACUUCUUCCUGUGAUAACAUUGCAGAACUCAAAGAAGAUAGUAAGGACAAGGUUGCAACAGUGAUACUAGAUGAAUUCAUUGCUAAGAAAAACUUCGAGAACACUUCAGAUGAAACUGUCAAUAUUCAAGACGUGGUUUUUGUUGUUGAGGAUUUCAGAUGGGAGGUGUGUUAUUACUUUGACGUGACUCAAAACUCUUGCCAUAUCUCACUCAUUUGUUUUUCAGGAAUUGAAUCACUUGACGUGACUCGUAUACUGUCUCAGCAAGGUGGAGAGGCUGUUUAUCCCUUGCCACAAAUCAAGGGUUUAGUGGUUCACUCAAAACUAAAUUUGGCAGCCUUGCUGUUUGCAAAUGUUAUGGGAGGAGAUAAUUUAAAGAAUAGGGCUGCAUACACUAGGGAAGGAAGGAAACAGCUAUUUACGGUUCUCCAAAGUGCAAGAGGUUCCUCAGCAUCUGUUUUGAAAGAAAAACUUUCAGCUUUAGGUUCAUCUGGAGUUUUAGCUGAUCAUCAGCUUCAAACACAAUUGCAAGAGCAUCACUUGAAGGGCCAAAGGCAGCUUACAAUAUCGGAUAUUGCACGGAAGGCUUUUCUUCACAGUCAUUUCUUGGAGGGUCAUGCCAAGAUUGCUCCUAUUUCUCGGUUGCCUCUCAUCACUCUUUCAGAUGUUAACCAUAUUCUGAAGGACAUACCCGUCUGCCAGCCAUUUCAUUUGGAGCUGAAUUUCUUCAACAAACAAAAUCGAGUUCUUCACUAUCCUGUUAGAGCAUUUUAUGUAGAGGGUCUCAACCUCAUGGGUUAUAAUCUAUGUUCUGGAGUGGAUACUAUUUACAAGAAGCUUUAUUCAUCGAUCCCUGCAAAUGUUGAAUACCAUCCCAAAAACAUGGUUUACAGUGAAAAGCAACAUUUAUUCCUCAUUGUUUUUGAGUUUAGUGGUGCAACAAAUGAAGUAGCACUUUAUUGGGAGCAAACUGACUUUCAAGCAGCUCAUAGCAAAGGAAGCACAAUCAAAGGUCGCGAUGCAGCAUUUAUUGGUCGUAAUGAAAAUCAGUUUGCCAUUCUUGAUGAUGAUAAGACUGGUCUGGCUUUAUAUAUUCUGCCAGGAUCAGCUUCACAAGAAGGUGGUGAGAAUAAUGGAGCACUCGAACAAAAUUUACCUGGUGAUGCAAAUGUUGCAUCAAUUCGGGGUCCAGUGGAGUUCAUGUUUGAAACUGAAGUUGAUCGCAUCUUUUCUGCUCCAAUAGAAUCAACUGUCAUGUAUGCUACUAAUGGCAGCCAUAUUGGGUUGACAAAACUGAUUCAAGGAUACCGCCUUUCAACUGGAGAUGGUCAACAUGUAACAACAAAAACUGAAGGAAAAAAGUCGAUCAAAUUGAAAGCAAAUGAAAUUGUACUCCAGGUUCAUUGGCAAGAAACUCUAAGAGGCUAUGUUGCAGGAGUGCUGACUAGUGACAGAGUGCUCAUUGUUUCAGCUGAUCUGGAUAUCCUGGCAAGCAGUUCCAUGAAGUUUGAUAAAGGGCGUCCGACAUUCAGAUCCAUUCUAUGGGUUGGGCCCGCACUUCUCUUUUCAACUGCCACUGCAGUUAGUGUGCUUGGAUGGGAUAGCAAAGUGAGGGCCAUUCUCUCUCUUAGUAUGCCUAAUGCAGUGUUGGUCGGUGCUUUGAAUGAUCGAUUGUUGCUGGCAAACCCAACAGACAUAAAUCCUAGACAAAAGAAAGGAAUUGAGAUAAGGAGCUGUCUUGUUGGACUUCUUGAGCCUCUUCUUAUUGGUUUUGCAACAAUGCAACAAAAUUUUGAGCAAAAGCUUGACUUGUCUGAAAUCCUUUACCAAAUUACAUCCAGGUUUGACAGCUUACGGAUAACUCCAAGAUCUCUUGAUAUUCUUGCCAGAGGUUCUCCCGUCUGCGGAGAUCUCGCUGUAGCAUUGUCACAAGCAGGACCCCAGUUUACUCAGGUGUUGCGGUGCAACUAUGCAAUCAAAGCACGUCGUUUCUCUACAGCUUUAUCAGUUUUGAAGGAUGAGUUCUUGCGGUCAAGAGAUUAUCCACAGUGCCAUCCUACAUCUCCUUUGUUUUACCGCUUUCGUCGGUUGGGAUAUGCCUGUAUCAAGUACAGUCAGUAUGACAGUGCAAAAGAAACUUUUGAGGUUAUCUCAGACUAUGAAAGCAUGCUUGAUCUAUUUAUAUGCCAUCUAAACCCCAGUGCCAUGCGUCGUCUUGCUCAGAAGUUGGAAGAAGCUGAUGCUGAUUCAGAAUUGAGGCGUUACUGUGAACGAAUUUUAAGAGUUCGAUCAACUGGGUGGACACAGGGCAUUUUUGCUAAUUUUGCUGCCGAAAGCAUGGUUCCUAAGGGGCCAGAAUGGGGUGGAGGAAAUUGGGAAAUCAAGACACCUACCAACUUGAAGGAUAUACCUCAGUGGGAGCUGGCUGGAGAGGUGAUGCCAUAUAUGAAAACCAAUGAUGGUACCAUUCCAUCUAUCAUAGCGGACCAUAUUGGUGUUUACCUGGGUGCUAUUAAGGGAAGGGGCAAUGUGAUAGAAGUACGGGAAGAUAGUUUGGUUAAAGCCUUUACCUCUGCAGGGGGUGAUAACAAAGCAGAUGGCUUUCAAGCUUCCAUGGUUCAGCCCAAGGGAGUGACUAAUGCUCAGGAGGGAGCUUUGUCUGGACUGGAAGCCCUUACCAAAAAAUCAGCAGGUGCCACUGCAGCAGAUGAGCAGGCAAAAGCAGAAGAAGAAUUUAAAAAAUCACUCUAUGGUGCGACUGCUGAUGGUAGCAGCAGUGAAGAGGAGGAGGGAGCUUCAAAGACCAAAAAGCUACAAAUUAGGAUACGUGACAAACCAAUUGCAUCUGCAACAGUUGAUGUCAAUAAGAUCAAGGAAGCCACCAAGCAGUUUAAACUUGGUGAGGGUUUGGGCCUCCCCAUGAGUAGGACCAGGUCAUCAGCAGGUGGAUCCCAAGAUUUGGCGCUGACUUUAUCCCAGUCGGCUUCUGCAGCCACUGCUACUGUGUCAGCUCCUACAGUUACUCCUGCUGCCGAUUUAUUUGGAACUGACACAUUGGUACAAGCUACUCCUGUUGGACAGCCAGCUCCAACGGGUCCAGGUGUUGGCAUUACUGGUAGACCUAUCCCUGAGGAUUUCUUCCAGAAUACCAUAUCAUCUCUUCAGGUUGCAGCUUCUUUACGUCCUCCUGGGGCGUAUAUGAACAGAUCAGAUCAGGAGUUUCAAGGGGUUGAAGGAAACAAGGUAACCACUAACCAGAUAAAUCCUGCUGCUGAUAUAGGUCUCCCAGAUGGUGGUGUUCCCCCUCAAGCACCUCAACAACCUGUUGUUCCAGUUCAGUCCAUUGGACUUCCAGAUGGUGGCGUUCCACCCCAAUCUAUGAAUCAGGCUGUCAACCCAGUGCUACAAACCCAGUAUCAGACUACUCAAGUUUCAACAUCACAACCGCUUGAUCUUAGUGUACUCGGAAUUCCAGUAUCUGCUGAUGCUGGCAAACCUCCUGCAAAUACUACUCAACCAGCAGCUGUUCGCCCUGGACAGGUACCACGUGGGGCUGCAGCAUCAGUAUGCUUCAAAACUGGACUUACGCAUCUUGAGCAGAAUCAACUUACAGAUGCAUUAUCAUGUUUCGAUGAAGCAUUCCUGGCAUUGGCCAAGGAUCAGUCUCGUGCAGUUGACAUUAAAGCUCAAGCCACUAUCUGCGCUCAGUAUAAGAUUUCUGUUGCUCUACUUCAGGAAAUAGGACGGCUUCAAAAGGUCCAGGGCCCCAGUGCAAUCAGCGCUAAAGAUGAGAUGGCAAGGCUGUCUCGUCAUUUGGGUUCAUUGCCACUUCUUGCAAAGCAUCGGAUAAACUGCAUCAGGACAGCUAUAAAACGAAACAUGGAGGUGCAGAACUAUGGUUAUUCAAAACAGAUGCUUGAACUCCUCCUGUCCAAAGCACCGGCAAGUAAGCAAGACGAGUUAAGGAGCCUCAUUGAUAUAUGUCUUCAGAGGGGAUUGACCAACAAGUCUAUUGAUCCAUUAGAAGAUCCUUCCCAUUUUUGUGCGGCCACACUUAGCCGCUUAUCAACCAUUGGACAUGAUGUCUGCGACCUCUGUGGGGCCAAAUUCUCGGCUCUUACAGCCCCUGGAUGCAUAAUCUGUGGUAUGGGAAGCAUCAAAAGGUCAGACGCUCUUGCAGGUCCAGCACCUGUUCCUUCCCCAUUUGGUUGACAUCUAUGUACUAUUCAUGGGUUCGGUUUCUCUGACUGAAGUGUUGUUGGAAAGAAAAGCAUGAAGUUACUGCAACGCAAAAAAAAAAAAAAAAAAAAUGAGCAUAGAUUAAAUUACAACUUACAAGGUUUUCCCCUUUUUUAUCCUUUUUUGCUCUGUUUUUUUUUUUUGGGGGGGGGUGGGGUGGUGUUGGUGGUUGUAUAAUAUAUGGGUUUCUUCAUUACUGAUAUUUCCCCUUUCCCAUUUUAUUUGUUCUUCCACUUCUCAUUUUCA